AACUGUCGGAGCCAAUUGGUGGAGAGUUGGACGAGGAAACAAAUCACCAACUGCACAACGAACGCCUAAGAAGCAGAAGCCCACCUCCGCAUCAUUUGCCACCUCCUCCGCCACCGCCACCAACGUUAAGUGGGCGCAACCACGAACUUCGACUCUUCAGCGGCAGCAAUUUUUCACCUUUGCACGCUCAGUUGCACGGACAGACUUCGUUGCACAACCGAUCCUCUUCACCGGCUCACGAUUUGGGAUACCACACGCUGGUGGCGCGUUCACCUGCCGCCCCUUGGUCAUCUCCUGCAGACUUGACCGAUCUAACCCUAACACCGUCGCCUAGAGCCGAGUACUGUAGAAAGACAUCGUACACGUCUUCAAAUAGUUCUUCGCAGCAGCGCGAUCCUUUCACCCAAAUCCAGUCUAACAACAGCUGCCUACGGCCGCAGCUGCCACCUACACCGACGUCUCCAAGCAUUUCUGUCGACACGGGUUCCACUGAAGCACUGUUAGCUGCGUGCAAGGGCAAGAGAUGGGUGACACCGUCCCUUAGCCAGCAGCUGGGUGGAAGCUUCAAGUUUUCCUAUUUCGAUCAGCUGACGGAUGACGUCUUGCUGCGAGUGUUCUCCUUCUUGUCCUCGUCACAUCUCGCUCUGUGCAGCCGCGUUUGCCGGCGUUGGCAUGUCUUGGCCUGGGAACCUCAACUUUGGUCUUCCAUAUACUUGUCUGGCGACAAUUUGCAUACCGAUCGAGCACUCAAGAGCAUUACUCGAGUAGUGGGUCGAGCUUCUCCGCCGUUUUGCCCAGCAGUGGAACGCGUCGUGAUCAACAGCUGUAGUCGUCUGACAGACCGCGGCCUACAAACUCUGAGCCGUCGUUGCCCCGAGCUGCGACAUGUCGAACUGCGAGGGUGCGUUCAACUAACCGAUGUUGGUGUUCUGGAACUGGUUUCCAAAUGUGUGCAUCUCACCCAUCUGGAUGUUAGUGGAUGUUCCCAGAUUACCUGCAUUGAUGCUGGACCUCUUCGAGCCAAUGGAAAUAAUGGAGAUCGAUACAAGAGCGAUUUGUGUUCUAAUUCGCGACCGCAGCUCUAUUUGCAAUUGCAAUAUAUAGACUUGACUGAUUGCGUGAGUUUGGAAGACAGUGGCAUACAGAUGAUUGUGCGUAGCUGCGCCCAACUCACUUGCAUUUAUCUUCGCCGAUGUGUUCACAUUACUGAUUUGGGAGUGAAAUACUUGGCUAGUUACUGCACCGGCUUACGAGAACUGAGCAUAUCGGACUGCGUGCAAGUGACGGACUUUGGAAUGUACGAAUUGGCUCGCUUGGGUCCCAACCUACGAUACUUGUCUGUAGCAAAGUGUGACCAGAUUUCCGACGCCGGAAUCAAACAAAUCGGACGGCACUGUUACAAACUGCGGUACCUUAACCUCCGCGGCUGCGAAGCUGUCAGCGAUGAUUCUCUAGAAGUUUUAGCACGUACCUGUUCCCGCCUUCGAGCUCUGGAUCUUGGUAAAUGCGACAUCACCGACAGAGGUCUCCGCCUACUUGCCGAACAUUGCCCAAAUCUCAAGAAACUUAGCGUCAAGAGUUGUGAACUCGUGACCGAUGAAGGUGUACGGUCUAUUGCGUACUACUGUCGUGGUCUAAGACAGCUCAAUAUUCAAGAUUGUCUUAUCACUGUUGAAGGAUAUCGAGCAGUUAAAAAGUUUUGUCGCAAGUGUAUCAUAGAACACACCAAUCCAGGAUUUUUUUAAGUUCUUGAGUUGCAUGUUAUGUGCGCCUCGACGGACCAGAUCCGCCUACUUUAUUUACAUACCGCUAGGAAAACCGCGCUAACUGUUAGAGAAAAUUUUGUCGAAACCUACUUAUAACUGCUAAAAUCGUUGGUGUGCCUGCAGAAAAAGUGCCAUUGUACAUGUGUAUCAUUGUUGACAGAUUAUGGAAAGCCUUUCGGUGCUGAAAGCAAAAUAAAUAUUCGAGAAGCAUC